UCACUCUUCACUGUACUAAGUAGCUACCUUCUGUUUGGGUUUGGUUCCCGCACUGAACCUUAUCUUCACACUUAUCACCAUUUCCUUCACUCACCACAAUGGCCACCAAUGCUGACCCAAAAACCACUCCACUCUCCGACUCCGACUCCGAUUCCGACUCCUCCUACGACUCCGACUCCUCCUACGGCGAAGAAGUCGACGACCCAGAAUUCCGCCGCGCCUUCAGCUUCCGCCGCGGCGACGAGCCUCUCCGCCCGGCCGACCCGGAGACCAACUUCAAGGACUUCGCUGAAGUCCUCGACAGCAGCGUGGUUCAGGAGGUUCGGGAUGAAGAUGACCCUGCGUUUGUGGAGGACUACAACCCCUUUGACUUCCCGCCGGACCCUGAGAACUGGGCGGAGGAGGAUUUGAGGGAGCUUUGGGCUGAUGGGCCGAAGGAAAUUGGUGGGACUGGUUGGGACCCUGCUUGGGUUGAACAGGAUGAGUGGGAGUAUGUGUUGGAGGAGAUUGCUGAGGGGAGACAUCCUCCCAUUGCUCCGUUUUAUCUUCCUUACCGGAAGUCUUACCCGCCUAUACCGGAUAACCAUUUCGAUAUCGCGAGCCCGAAGGCGGUGAUUGAAGAAUUGGAUAGGAUUGAGGAGUUUCUCAAAUGGGUUAGCUACAUUUUUGAAGAUGGCAGCUCGUAUGAAGGCACUGUUUGGGAUGACUAUGCUCAUGGAAAAGGUGUUUAUGUCUCUAAAGAUGGGCUAGUCAGAUAUGAAGGUGAAUGGCUUCAAAACGAUCCAGAGGGUCAUGGUGUAGUUGAAGUUGAUAUACCUGUUAUAGAACCUGCUCCUGGAUCCAAGCUUGAAGCAAAGAUGCGAGCAGAAGGAAAGAUAAUAGCAAGGGAUUUUAUGUCCCCAGAAGACAGAGAAUGGCUAGAGAAGGAUAUUGAAGAUAGUUAUCUUCUUGCAAAUGGGACCUAUGAAAUCCCCUUCUAUGAAAAUGAUGAAUGGGUUAGGCAAUUCGGAAGCAAGCCAGAGAAAGGUCGCUAUCGUUAUGCUGGUCAGUGGAAGCAUGGAAGGAUGCAUGGAUGUGGUGUAUACGAAGUUAACGAGCGUAUCUUAUAUGGUAGAUUUUAUUUUGGAGAAUUGUUGGAUGAUGACGAGGGAUGUGAUGACCAAGCUUCAGGGGUGCAUGCUGGUAUAGCAGAAGUUGCUGCUGCAAAGGCUCGCAUGUUUAUUAACAAGCCAGAUGGAAUGGUUAGGGAAAAGAGAGGUCCAUAUAAUGAUCCACAGCAUCCAUACUUUUAUGAAGGAGAGGAUGUAUGGAUGGCGCCUGGCUUCAUUAACCAAUUUCACGAAGUCCCUGAUUACUGGAAAACAUAUGUGCAUGAAGUAGAUCAGGAAAGAGAAAUGUGGCUCAACUCUUUCUAUAAAGCUCCUCUGAGGUUACCUAUGCCAGCUGAACUUGAACACUGGUGGUCCAAUGAUGAGAAUCACGAGCCUCCCGAAUUUGUACUUAUUAACAAGGAACCAGAGCCUGAUCCCGAAGACCCAUCAAGGCUAAUAUAUACUGAGAAUCCUCUCAUCCUCCACACACCAACUGGAAAUCUUAUCGAUUAUGUUGAGGAUGAGAAAUACGGAGUUCGUUUAUUCUGGCGACCACCUUUGGAAAAUGGCGAGGAUGUGGACCCAGAAAAGGUUGAUUUCCUCCCCCUUGGUUAUGAUGAGUUUUUUGGACGAGAUACAAAGAAAGAAAAGGGGAACAUAUGGUUGCGUUUUAUACUUGGAAUUGAAAAUGCAUGCAAGCCAUGGUUUGAUAAAAUAGAUAAAUGGGUUGAAGAGCAGAAGAAAAAAAGAGAAAUGGAAAUGGAGGAACUUGAGAAGGAACUUGAACUGGUAGAAGCUGAAGUACGUCUAAAAGAGGCCAUGGAGGAGUUGGAAGACGUAUUGCGCAGACAAGAGAAAGAAGAGGAAAAGAAGGCGGAAAUGGGCUUGCUAGAUGAAGAUGAAGAUGAAGAUGAAGAAGCAACUUCUGUAACAAAACUAGAUGAAGAUGACACGACUUCUGUAACCAAACAAGAUGAAACUGCUCCUGCAGUGGAAGAAGAGGAAGAGGAGGAAAGGGAUGAGGAUGAGGAGGAUGAUAUCGCACAAUCAAGUUUUGGGUCUGUCGAACAGGGACAAACUACAAAUCAACAGAAGGGAAAACCUGGGAAAUCACCAUUUUCUACAUCUUCACUCAUGUUUGCUUCUUGCAGCCUCAUCUCCGUGGUUCCAUCCAAGCUGCAACAAUCAUUUUCAUUCUGGAACAAGGGCAGAUCAAAGCCGGAGCUGGUUUGUUCGAGGCACACUGAUGGCUUCAGCAAUGUGAAAACAGUUGAAUCAGUCAGUUUCCGCCCGGUGAUUGGCCUGAAGGGUCGGUUGAAGGCCGUCGGCAUAACACAUGGGAGAGUCAGUGUAAGAAGCUGUUCAGGUGGGAAUCAGACUCGAUCAUGUUCAUUGGCUUCUGCAGAUUCCCAUAACAACUUAAAGGGACCAAGAGUGAGUGGUGACCUGUGGUUGCAUGGGGCACCUGAAAGGGAUUUAGACAGCAUACUGUCUAUGCAUUCCUCUACGUACAAUUUUGAAACAACAUAGACAGAUUGUCUUAUAAUCAUGUCAUGUCUAUUUUAGAUCCACCAUAUCUGAAGAGAGGUUCACUUGAAAUUUAUUUGAAGGCCGUUCUUAUUGUUCUGUAGGCCUUUCUGUACCAAAUAGGAACUCAGCAUUAGCUUUUGCUGAGGGCAGAGAGACACAAAAUCCGAUGCAACUGUGUUGUAAUAUUUUUGUUGUUCUAAGAUAAGCACUUGCUGAAAUAAUUGUUGUUGGAUGAAUAAUGUUUACAUUUGUAUUUUCUUGUUACUGUUUUA